UUAGGCUUCCUGUAUUAUCAGCACUGCAUCUGCCUGUAUCUGAAGAAGAAACAAUGAGUCAAGUCCGAAAAUCCGUGGGCAGCAAACCUGGAUCAUGCAAUGCUCGAGGCUACACAGCUUGUUCCAUUGGUGGGGGAUUUGUAGGGCCAAAAUAUAAUUUCAGCUCUUUAUCUUCUGCUGGAGGUAACACCAUCCACCACAGUAGUGGAAAGCUAAAAUCCACUGGAAGCCUGUAUUGCUUAGGGGGUCACAAAAGGACCUCUGUUAGCAGUGGGAGAGUCCUUGGAUCCACAUUGGGUACCAGCAAGGGAUUUGGAACAGACACCUUUCCCGUAUGUCCACCAGGAGGUAUCCAAAAGGUUACUGUCAACCAAAUUCUCCUCCAGCCAUUAAAUGUAGAUAUUGACCCAAAUAUCCAAAAGGUACGAAGUGCAGAAAGGGAUCAGAUCAAGUGCCUCAACAACAAAUUUGCUGGAUUCAUUGACAAGGUUCGCUUUCUUGAACAACAAAAUCAAAUUCUGGCAACAAAAUGGAACUUUUUGCAAGAAAAAAGUCACAAACUUUCCUCUAGGCGAGAUACUAUUAAACCAUUGUUCGAUGCCUAUAUUAAUAACCUUCAGAGACAACUGGACGGAUUAAAGAAUGAAAAAUGCCGCCUAGAUGGGGAUCUAAAGAAUAUGCAAGAUGUGGUGGAAGAGUUCAAGUCCAAAUAUGAAGAAGAGAUUAAUAAGAGAACGUGUGCUGAAAAUGAGUUUGUAGCCCUCAAAAAGGAUGUGGAUGUGUUAUACAUUAAAAAAGCAGAGAUGGAGGCCAAAGAAGAAUCCUUGGCAAAUGAGAUCAGCUUCUUGAGGAAUAUCUUUGAUGCGGAACUAGCCCAACAACAAGACUGUAUGUCUGAUGUUAAUGUUGUUCUGUGCAUGGACAACAACCGGGAAUUGGACCUGAAUGGCCUUAUUGCAGAAUGUAAAGCACAGUAUGAGGAAAUUGCAGUUAGAAGCAAAGCCGAAGCCGAAGCUGCAUAUUCCAAAAAGUUCCAACAGCUGAAGGAUGCAGCAGGACAUCAUGGAGACAAUCUACGGAGCUCUAAGACUGAAAUUCAAGACCUGAAUACCAUGAUAAAGAGACUGCAGGCAGAGAUUGAGUGUGUGAAGAGACAGAUUGCUGGUCUGCAAGCCGCCAUUUGUGAUGCAGAAUCCAGGGGCGACGCUACGUUGAAAGAUGCCAGAUGUAAGAUGGCAGAGUUGGAGGCCGUAUUACAGAAAGCCAGAGAGGACUUGGCUCUUCAGUUGAAGGAAUAUCAGGAGCUUCUCAGAGUCAAAUUAGCUCUGGAUGUUGAAAUUGCUACCUACAGAACUCUUCUGGAGGGAGAGGAGAGCAGAAUGCAUGGAGAAAUUACAAAUGAUGUCAAAAUAUCCGUGUACACUACUGGAAAACUUGGAAGCUCAAAUGCUGAAUGUAUCUCUUCAUGCAGCUUGAAAAAUAGUGGAAGUAUCCUCGCCGGAGUAGAAGCUCCCAAGUGUGCCUCUGUGUGUGCCCCCAAGUGUGCCCCCAAAUGUGCACUGUCAACAAAACCCUGUGGGACCACCUGUACCAAACCACGCUAUUAGAUAUGUAUGGUAUACUUUAAAAGAGCCCAGUAAGACAAAAAUGAACAACCAUCUUCAGCAUCAGCAACUGCUGGCUCUCUGUCUGCUUUUCUCAUUUUAACUCAGUUUAACCUGUUUUCCUACAUGGGUCAUUUGCAAAUAACCAAUACUCCAUUCUGUCCAAUCUAAGGAAUAUCCCAAAAGUAUCAUAAAUAUGUAACCGUAACACUAGAAAUAAGAUUUUUUUCUCUUUGGCACAGACUAAGAAUAACAAAUUACUUUUCAUUUGACCCUUUUAACUUUACAGUCUUGUCUUGAAAACCCAUACACAAUAUUUAUUGCAAUUUUGUAUAUAUGACACUUUGCAAGUCUUAUAGUACAUAAGUUAUCCCUUUGGGGUCUUGUUUUUCUUCUGUGGACAUGGAAAUACUGUUUGACAACUAAUAGCCAUGAUGAUCAGAACCUGAACAAUUCUGUUAAAAUCCUGUUAUAGUUAUCCCAUGUUAGUGAAUAUGCCAUUAACUUCUUAAUAAUUUAACAUUGAUUAUUUUGCAAAAUGGCAUCCUAUGAUCACCUGCUAGUCAAAUUUGAUAUGAUUUUUAUGUUGUGAUAUAUAUACCUAAUUGUUUCUCUAGAUAAUAUCUUAAUAUUAUCUCUGUUGCAAUUGAUGGGGUUUUUAAUUGUGGGAAAAGCACUUGACGCUAUACUGAAGGUGGUUAAAUCUGUAUCUCUAAUAAACUGCAUCUGAAAAUCA